AUGGGCAGUCGAGUUAAUUUUCUGGUUCUCUGGACCUCGGCCUUGCUAUCUUCUGGUCUUCCGGAACACCCCCCGCCAAUGCAUCCGGUAGACCCUGCGGUGCCUGCGGUGUCCAUGGUUCAGGUCCGGGCCAACGCGGUUGACGAGAGAACAAGGCAAGCUCGCAAAGCGGAAGCUCGCAAAGCGGAAGCUCUCAGACCAUGGGAACUGCAUAGGUAUGUCACCUGCAGCCAUCACAAGGCAGGUGUGGACCUUUCGAAGGAUCUCACGGCUCAGGUUUUCAAAGGGCUCGGCCUGAACAUGACACAAGACUUUGGCGCUUGGAACUUCCAUUGCGAUGGUGUUGGUAAGCUUUAUUGCUUCAACAGACAGGCACCAGUGCGAAUCGAAACUGACUGCUGCUCCGUUCAAAGCGCGCAGAAUGAACAGGCAGCGUAUCCGUUGCAGCCGAUUCGAGUUGCGAACUCUGUGCGCGACCCACUGGACAUGGUGGCAUCGGCUUACUGCUAUCAUCACCGAGGAAUGGAGUGGUUCAAUGACGUGUAUUCGCCGCAGGAAGUCAUGAAAAUGGACGUGCAGGAAGGCGUGCAGUUCAUGGCACAGACGAUGCUAGAUGUCGUUGCCAACAUGACCAGCUUCCUCGAACAUCCCCAUGUGGAAGUGCAUGCGGUGUCAUUCGAGAUCAUCAGCGCCUCGUCUGCAGGGUUCGACGCAGAGCUUGAGAAGCUCCUCGACUUCUGGUUCCGCGGGCUCAUCACGGAGGAGGAGCGCAAGAAGGCAGUGGAAUUGGCCCGGAUGGUCGAUUUGCACCGCUACCCCCAGUUUGAGGAGCCCGGCCACACCAAUGACGCCGAGUGCAUGGCUGCUGCAAGGGCG